CUUCACCUAAAUUUCACCAUCAUCAUCAUGGCUCAACAACCUCCACCCGACCACAUAAAACUCAUUCACAACCUUAACCUCUUCAAAAUCAAAAGCAGAGACAAACGCGGCCGCAAGAUCUUAAAAAUCAUAGGAAAACACUUCCCAGCUAAGAGUUUAAAUGCUGAUUUGUUGAAGAAGUAUUUGGAAGUGAAAGUUUUUCCCAAACUGGAACGGCCUUUUGUAGUGGUGUACGUUCACACUGACGUUUGUAAGAGCGAGAAUUUUCCCGGGUUUUCUGUUCUCCGAACGGUUUACGAUGCGAUUCCGAUUAAUGUGAAACAGAAUUUGGAAUCGGUUUAUUUUGUUCAUCCCGAUUUACAGUCUAGAGUUUUUCUUGCUACAUUUGGAAGAUUUAUCUUCAGUGGAGGGUUAUAUGCAAAGCUUAAAUUUGUGAGCAGAUUAUCGUAUCUGUGGGAUCAUGUCAAGAGGAACGAGAUCGAGAUUCCAGAAUUCGUUUACGAUCAUGACGAUGAUCUGGAGUACCGUCCGAUGAUGGAUUACGGGAUAGAGAGUGACCACCCUAGAGUUUAUGAUGCACCCCCGGUGUCGACGUACUCCAUGAGGUGCAUCUCUUAGAAUUAGUUAUGCAAAACAUAUGCUUUCAACUUAAUGAAAAAGCAAAAAAGCAGCAUGUAGGCCUGUAAACAAAUCCUGAAUCAUUUGGCUAGAAGUUCAUUUAUGUUUGUUUAUUUGAUAAAAAGAUGAACAUGGACAAAAUGUGUUGUUCUUUGAUCAAAUGACUGAACAUGAACACAUGUCUUGCUCAUUCGUUUAUUUUUGAUUGUUUACAUAUU